CACAAGUCUUCCGCACUAACGGAGACCAACGCACUCGAUGGCGCCGCCGAAGAACACCGAUGCACCCCCCGCGCCCGAGGCGGGCGUAGUCGCUAUCAAGCGAUCCAUUACCAUCAACGCGCCGAAAGAGAGGGUAUGGGAGAUCUUGACGGAUUUCUCGAAGUACAAUGAAUGGGAUCCAUUUGCCCGCGACAUGAUGCUGACCGACAAAUCCAAAAAGCCCCUCAACGACCAAACGCUCGCGCCGGGCAAGCACCUCAUCAUCUCCUUCUGCAUGCCGCCCUCCCUCACCGCGCAGCCCAAGCCCGCCUUCGAGCUCAUCACGCACGUCGACCACACCGCGCACCGCAUCGCCUGGCGCAACGUCGACAUGCCCGCGUGGCUCCUCUGGGGCGACCGCUGGCAGACGGUCGAGGACGACGGGAGCGGCGGCGCGCGGUACGAGUGCUACGAGGUCUUCGGCGGGCUGUUCGCGUACGUCGUGCGGUGGUUCAUGAAGGGCCACCUCGAGGAGGCGUUCGAGGCGCUCGGCAAGACGCUCAAGGAGCGCGCGGAGAACCCGAAGGCGGAGGUGUAGGGUGCCUUCGGUUGUGUAUUUUGGAUUCACGUAUACCCUAUGAUGCUUCGCGAUAAUUGAGUUAUCGUGAUAC